AUGCAACGGUUUGCAAUUAAUGCCCAGCAAAUGGUGGAUGAGAUGGCAGCUAUGGAUCCAUACGUGAUUAUAUUUUUAUUGGACUGUUGUCGAGAGUAUUGGUUACCAAGAAAAGGAAGAAGCGGUAAUCAGUCAGUUGGAGGACUUCAGCAGAUGACGGCACCACCAGGAACAAUGAUAGCAUUUGCUUGUGCUCCUGGUGGGGUAACACCUGAUCGGGCAUUGCACUCGAAAAAUGGCAUAUUCACAAAAUAUUUGCUGAAACAUAUUACAACUCCCGGCAUCGAUAUUGACAUAAUUCUGCGAAGAGUGGCGACAGGUGUUGAAGAAGAAACAAAAAAUAAUCAACGGCCGUUUCGUGUUAGCUCAAUUAGUAAAGAAAAUGUUUAUGUAGUGCCACUAGUCAAUACUCGAUGGGUGCAAAAUGGAGUAACUGUUGCUGGAGGCCGUGCAUCAGGCGAUGCCAUCAAUCAACUGCACCAGCCCUGGGGUCUCUUCAUUGAUAAUGAUCAAACAAUAGUCAUCGCUGAUAAGUACAAUCAUCGUAUAAUCGAAUGGAAAGUUGGUAAUAGAAAUGGGCAAGUGAUAGCUGGUGGCCGUGGCCAAGGAAACCAAUUGAAUCAAUUGAAUAAUCCAACCGAUGUGUUAAUCGACAAAGAGACAAAUAGUGUCAUCAUCUGUGAUCGAUUCAAUAGACGAGUCGUAGGAUGGUCUCGUCGCAGUGGCACAACUCAAGGAGAAAUUCUCCUCGACAACAUAGGUUGUAGAGCAUUGGCCAUAGAUGAUCAGAGAAAUCUUUACAUUGCUGAUACUGACAAACAUGAAGUAAGACGAUAUAAAAUAGGAAGCAAAAGUGGAACGAUCGUAGCCGGUGGCAAUGGUGGAGGUAUUGGUCUUCAUCAACUCAACGUACCGAUCUACGUCUUUGUCGAUCGACAAAAGACUGUCUACGUGUCAGACUAUAAUAAUCAUCGUGUAAUGAAAUGGGAUGAGGGUGCGACAGAAGGAAUUGUCGUUGCUGGCGGACAAGGUGAAGGGAACGAUCUGACACAAUUGUCAGGCCCUGUAGGGAUAUUUGUUGAUAAUCUGGAUGCCAUCUAUGUAGCAGAUGAGAGAAAUCAUCGAGUGAUGCGCUGGCCUAAAGGUUCAAAGCAAGGCAUUGUCAUUGUGGGGGGAAAUGGUCCAGGUGAAGGACCAAUGCAGUUUGACUGUCCUGCGGCUUUGGCUGCUGACCGACACGGUUAUCUCUACGUCGUAGAUAACGGGAAUCAUCGAGUUCAACGAUUUUUUAUGGAAUAA